AUGGCCGAGGGCAGCGCCGUGUCGGACCCUCAGCACGCCACGCGCCUGCUGCGCGCGCUGAGCUCGUUCCGGGAGGAGUCCCGCUUCUGCGACGCGCACCUGGUCCUCGACGGGGAGGAGAUCCCGGUGCAAAAGAACAUCCUGGCGGCCGCCAGCCCGUACAUCAGGACAAAGUUAAACUAUAAUCCUCCAAAAGAUGAUGGAUCAACCUAUAAGAUUGAACUUGAAGGGAUAUCGGUAAUGGUUAUGAGAGAGAUCCUGGAUUACAUCUUCAGUGGGCAGAUCCGGCUGAGCGAGGACACCAUCCAGGACGUGGUGCAGGCGGCGGACCUGCUGCUGCUGACGGACCUCAAGGCGCUGUGCUGCGAGUUUCUGGAGGGCUGCAUCGCCGCUGAGAACUGCAUCGGCAUCCGGGACUUCGCGCUCCACUACUGCCUGCCCCACGUGCGCUACCUGGCCACCGAGUACCUGGAGACCCACUUCCGAGACGUCAGCAGCACCGAGGAGUUCCUCGAGCUGAGUCCUCAGAAGCUGAAGGAGGUGAUUUCCCUCGAGAAGCUGAACGUCGGCAACGAGAGAUACGUGUUUGAAGCGGUCAUCCGGUGGAUAGCGCACGAUACAGAGCUAAGAAAGGUCCACAUGAAGGAUGUCAUGUCAGCACUGUGGGUUUCAGGGUUGGACUCGAGCUACUUACGGGAGCAGAUGCUCAACGAGCCCUUGGUCCGCGAGAUCGUCAAGGAGUGCAGCAACAUCCCCCUCAGCCAGCCGCAGCAGGGGGAGGCCAUGCUGGCCAGCUUCAAGCCCCGCGGCUACUCGGAGUGCAUCGUGACCGUGGGCGGAGAGGAGAGAGUCUCGCGGAAGCCAACGGCAGCGAUGCGAUGUAUGUGCCCCCUUUACGACCCCAAUCGGCAGCUGUGGAUCGAACUGGCCCCUCUAAGCAUGCCGAGAAUCAACCACGGGGUCCUCUCAGCAGAAGGGUUUUUGUUUGUAUUUGGGGGCCAAGAUGAAAACAAGCAGACCCUGAGCUCAGGAGAAAAGUAUGACCCAGAUGCGAACAUGUGGACCGCGUUGCCGCCGAUGAACGAGGCAAGACAUAAUUUUGGAAUUGUGGAGAUAGAUGGCAUGCUGUACGUUUUAGGAGGAGAAGAUGGUGAAAAAGAGCUAAUUUCCAUGGAAUGUUACGAUAUUUAUUCUAAAACCUGGACAAAGCAACCUGAUUUGACCAUGGUUAGAAAGAUUGGCUGCUAUGCAGCUAUGAAGAAGAAAAUCUAUGCCAUGGGUGGAGGAUCCUAUGGGAAACUCUUCGAGUCUGUGGAAUGCUAUGACCCCCGGACCCAGCAGUGGACCGCCAUCUGUCCCCUGAAAGAGAGGAGGUUUGGAGCGGUGGCCUGUGGAGUUGCCAUGGAACUGUAUGUGUUUGGGGGAGUCAGAAGUCGCGAGGACAUCCAGGGGGGCGAGAUGGUAACUUGCAAGUCGGAGUUCUACCACGAUGAGUUUAAAAGGUGGAUCUAUCUUAAUGACCAGAAUCUAUGCAUCCCGGCCAGUUCGUCUUUCGUGUACGGAGCCGUCCCCAUAGGCGCCAGUAUCUACGUCAUCGGAGAUCUCGAUACAGGCACCAACUACGACUACGUGCGCGAGUUCAAAAGGAGCACGGGGACCUGGCAGCACACCAAGCCCCUGCUGCCCUCCGACCUGCGCCGCACCGGCUGCGCGGCCCUGCGCAUCGCCAACUGCAAGCUGUUCCGCCUGCAGCUGCAGCAGGGCCUCUUCCGCAUCCGCGUGCAGUCGCCAUGACGCGCGGCCGCGGGACGCGCAGCUGCUGACCUCGCCCCGGCCUCCGUGCGGUAACGCGGGUGGUUUUCUAACGCCUUGAAGCCUGGGCUUCAGCUCUUGUUCCGGAGAAAACGUAAACUGCUGGGAAAAAAACUACCGAAAGGGGGAAUCCGUUUCUCCCGUAGGGGUGUCCCUAGACCAACCGGGGCUAGUCAGUGUCCCAGGAAAAGGGAAGUGGGAAUCCUAUCGUGUAAAAUAUGGAAGUUAAAGCCCUAAGGUGCAUUUUCCCCGAGGGGAUAUCAUAUCUGACUGACCGCUGUGUUCAAGUACCUGGCUUUGGUUGGGGGAAAAAAAAAAAAAUCCGUAUAUGCAAAUCAACAUAUCCAAACAUACCGGGAUUGCUUUUCCACUGCACUUGGAAGGAGAUAUUAUGCCUAAC